AUGCUCUUCGCUUGGCUUGCCCAUCGUCGAGCGUGCCAGACGAAACAGGAAGAGCGGGGGGCAAGGAUCAAGGAUCUCGCGCCAUCGUUCCAUGAACCGCUCGAUACAACAGAUAAAGCCGUUUUGGAGCAGCCAAUAGGAGCCCUUGUCGAGGAUGUACGCACCGGAAGACGGGACCCUGUCGACAUUCUGACAGCAUACAGCAAGAAAGCGCUCAAGGCCCAUGAAGCAACCAACUGUUUAACGGAGAUUCUGAUAUCUUCUGCGGUCGACUGGGCAAAAGAUUGUAACAAAGAAGGACCGCUCGCUGGAGUGCCAAUUAGUUUGAAAGACACUGUCAAUGUCCAGGGGUGGGAUUCCUGCAUUGGGUAUUCUGCGUGGGUUGGCAAGCCUGCGCAGAAGGACUCUGCGCUCAUCCGCCUCUUGCACGACGCUGGUGCGGUCCCCUUCGUCAAGACCAACAUUCCGAUAACCCUCCUGACAUUCGAGUCGUACUCGGACGUGUUCGGUCGCACUACGAACCCGCAUAGCGAUAAGAAGCACUCUGCAGGAGGCUCUACCGGGGGUGAAGCGGCCCUUCUUGCGUAUGGAGGAUCACGCAUCGGCAUUGGGACAGAUGUUGCAGGGUCCGUGCGUAUCCCAGCGCAUUAUUCUGGUAUCUACACCAUCAAAGCAUCAACUGGACGGUUCCCUAAGACGGGGAACACCACGAGCAUACCAGGUCAGGAGGGCAUACCCGCGGUGUAUUCUCCCAUGGCGCGUACGUUAAGGGACUUGGAGUACUUCUGGAAAGCGGUAGUGGGGAUGAAACCUUGGGAAUAUGAUCCCACGUGUCAUCCAAUUCCCUGGAGGUCCAUUGAGCUCAAGAAUGUGAGAUGGGGUGUUAUGUGGGACGACGGGGUCGUGGCGGCUUCUCCCGCAUGCAAACGCGCCCUUCAGACAGUGGUCGAGACACUUCGCAAGAAUGGACACGAAGUUGUCGACGUUACCCCUCCAUCACCUUACGAGGCCCUGCGCAUCGGCUCCGCCCUCAUUCUCGCCGACGGCGGUGAAGCCAUCAUCUCGCCAAUGCGACCAUUUGAAUCGAAUGACCUCGGUGUCGCUCAGGCUGUACACAUGCUUCGCAUUCCCUCCUUCCUGCGUAAACUUUAUACGCUCUACGUGCGCUACAUCAAGCGCGACGAGAUAUAUGCCGGCCUGCUAGACGGGUGGCGCGCAAAGAGCGUCUCUGAAUUCUAUCCACUCGUGGCGGAGCGAGAAGCAUACAAAGUGAAGUGGUGGGAUUGGUGGAAGGCCCAAGAACUGGAUUUCAUCCUCUGUGUGCCGAACGCUCUUCCUGCGGUCCCGAAUGAUGGGAUGAAGGACGGGUUCCCUGCGUGUGGCUACACAUUUCUAUUCAAUGUGCUGGACUAUUCUGCAGGUGUACUUCCUGUAAUACAUGUCGACCAUGGGCUGGACGCCUUGCCCCCCUUCAGAGCUCGUAAUAACGUCGAGAAGAGGGCGUACAGACAGUAUGACUCCGAAGGUGUGGGAAAGCUGUGCCGAUAUGCCGGGAUCUCGAAUCAACACGAACAAACAAGGCUCCCGUCGUCCACAGAAAUCUUGCCAUCAUCGUCGACAUCCUCAAGACAUCCCUCAUCGACAACAAUGCCUCUCCAAGAAUACCAAGUCGUCGGCCGCCACUUGCCCACCGAGUCGGAUCCGACUCCCAAAAUCUACCGCAUGCGCAUCUUUGCUCCUAAUGAGGUCGUCGCAAAGUCCCGUUUCUGGUAUUUCCUGAGGCAAUUGAAAAAGGUCAAGAAGGCCAGUGGUGAAAUCAUUGGCGUCAAUGUCAUCCACGAGAAAAAGCCCCUUAAGGUCAAGAACUUUGGUAUCUGGCUCCGCUACGACUCGCGAUCGGGAACGCAUAACAUGUACAAGGAGUUCCGCGACCUUACCCGUGCGGAUGCCGUCAAGAGCUUGUACCAAGACAUGGCUGCCAGGCAUCGUGCUCGCUUCCGGUCCAUCCACAUCCUCCGUGUGGUUGAGAUUCAGAAGACCGAGGACGUUCGCCGCCCCUACAUCAAGCAGCUCCUUACCCCCGGUCUCAAGUUCCCUCUCCCCCACCGCGUCGCCAAGUCACGCUCGACCUUCGUUGCCAACCGCCCUGUUACUUUCUAA